AUGCCUGACGCCGAAGACUUUACCGUUGGCUGGAUCUGUGCCUUGGACCGCGAGCUCGUCGCCGCCCAGUUCAUUGCUGUAUUACCGUACAAGGAGCAUGGAAAGUCCAGUGCGGCCGUGGUUGCGAACGACAUGCAAAGAUCUUUCCCCAGCAUUCGGAUCGGCCUCAUGGUCGGCAUCGGAGGCGGAGCACCGAGUGCAAAGAAUGACGUGCAACUAGGCGACAUCGUCGUGAGCUGCCGAGGCGGCGGAAACGGAGGAGUGUUGCACCAUGACUAUGGCAAGGUAGUCCAGAACCGCGACUUCACCAUGACGGGACAUUUGAACCAGCCACCGCAGCUUCUGCUGCUGAGAGCGGUGAGCGCCCUCGAGGCCAGAUACGACCGGAGUGCGCAUCAAAUCCGCGGCAACGUGGAGAAGGCAUUGGAAAAGAUCACGCGCCGGGAGAAAUACCGCCGGCCAGCGGCCACGACGGACAGGCUCCACCUCUUCCCCUUUACGCAUCCCCAGAACACGACCCAGGCGUGUGGCGUGGUGUGCGGCGAUGAUGCGUCCAACCUGAUAGUUCGGAAAGAACGCAGCCGAGACGGAGACGAUCCCGUGAUUCACUACGGAAUAAUCGCCUCUGCUGAUACCCUGAUGAAAGACGCCACUGUUCGAGACGAGAUGGCGCGGGAGCAUAACAUUCUCUGCUUUGAGAUGGAAGCCGCAGGCCUGAUGAACCACCUUCCUUGCCUAGUCAUCCGGGGCAUCUCCGACUACUCUGAUUCUCACAAGAACGACGAGUGGCAGGGAUACGCGGCCAUGGUAGCCGCGGCAUACGCAAGGGACCUCGUCACUUGCAUGAACGCCCAGCAAGUGCGAGCAACCACGCCGAUCAAGCAAUUGCUUUCAGAUGGUAAGUCCAGGAUGAACAUACUACGCGGCUCACGUUUAAUGGAUAGCGCGAGGGCGCAGGUGAACAGAGUAAGGAGCGCCACGGACAGAGGCGAGGACCAGCGGAUUCUCAGAUGGAUCACGGAAGCAGACCACGCCGCUCACUUUAAUACCUUCAUUAGGGGGCGGCAUUCCAAUACACUAAAAUGGCUAAAAGACUCGGACAAGUUCCAGAAAUGGUAA